AUGGCAGCUAUUUUGUUGUGGUUUCUAUAUGCAACCACUCUCAAUUUACGCAUGGGACAAAGUUUUUGCAAUGGAAAAGACCAACAUGAACUUUCAAUAUUUAAGCAAAGCAUUAAUGAUCCCUUGAAGAGACUCUCCUCUUGGUCCACUGAAGAAGAUUGCUGCAAAUGGAUUGGGGUUCAGUGUGACAACAUCACAGGUAGAGUCUCAAAGCUAGACCUCCAUUGUCCACUUGGUGAUGUUCAAUGUUUAGAGGGUGAAAUAAACUUUUCUGUCUUCAAACUUGAAUUCCUUAACUUCUUGGACUUGAGCUCUAAUAACUUUAAGGCUAUUAUUCAUUUUCCAAAUGGGUCUUCAAAUAUAUCCAAUCUUAUAUAUUUGGGCUUAUCAAUGAAUUAUAACCUCCACAUGGAGAGUCUUAGAUGGGUUUCAAGUCUUUCAUCUUUGAAAUAUAUGAACCUUAGUGGUGUUUUUCUCAAAGAUGAAACUCUUUGGCUUCAACAUAUGACUAUGCUCCCUUUCCCUUCAAAUUUGAGCUCCUUAAUUUUGAGAAACAAUGGUCUAAAAGGACUGAUUCCUGAAUGGAUUGGUCAAUACAAACAUUUAGAGGAGCUUGAUCUUUCUAACAACUCAUUUUCUGGUCCCAUUCCUUCAGCCUUUGGAAAUCUGUCAUCAUUGAGAUCUUUAGAUGUUAGCAUCAAUCACUUGAAUGGUAGCCUUCCAAGAGAUAUUGGGAAACUAUCAAAGUUGGAGGUUUUAUCCAUGGGGUUUAAUUCCUUUUCAGGCAUCCUUAGUGAACAAAGUUUCACAAAACUUUCAAACUUGAAGUCUUUGAGCCUUGACUCAUCUGAUUUUGUUUUUGAUUUGGGGUCCCAAUGGAAACCCCCUUUCCAGCUUGAAAAGAUUAGUUUCAGCUAUUGCAAGCUAGGUCCUAAGUUUCCUUCAUGGAUUUAUUCACAAAGAUCUCUGUUUUAUCUAGACCUUUCAAGUUCAGGGCUUUCAUUCAAUGUUGAUGAGUAUUUCUGGAGCUUUCUAAAACAAAUAGACCAUCUCUUUUUGUCCAAUAAUUCAAUCCAUGGAGACAUAUCCACAGCAUUGAUUAACAACACACAAAUUGAUUUAAAAUGGAAUAACUUCAGUGGCAAGUUACCCCAUUUAUCUCCUAAAGUCAUCUUCUUUGACAUAUCCAACAACAGCUUCUCAGGACCUGUUUUUUCUUUCUUCUGUCAAAGCAUGAUAGUGGAACAACAACAACUCUUGGACGUUUUGGACAUGUCACACAAUCUUUUAUCUGGAGAAUUACCUGAAUGUUGGAUGAAAUGGCAAUCUUUGCUCCAUGUGAACUUGGGGAGCAAUAAUCUAACUGGUAAAAUUCCUGAUUCUGUGGGCUCAUUGAUCAAACUUCAAACCUUUAGAGUUAGAAACAAUAGUUUAUUUGGAAAUAUACCAACUUCACUUAAAAGUUGCAAAAGUUUGUGGUACCUUGAUUUAGGCUUAAACAAGUUCACAGGAAAUAUACCACAUUGGUUUACAAACUUGAGUAUGGCACUCUUGUUACCAUCAAAUAAAUUCAGUGGCACUAUUCCAUUACAUAUAUGUGAACUUUCCAAUCUUCUAGUCCUUGACCUUUCAAAUAAUAGACUUUCGGGACCAAUACCAAAGUGCUUAUAUAAGAUUACAACAAUGGUUUCAAACAGUGUUGAUGAAGCCCUUUUCAUGUCUUACUUUCAUAAUUGGUUUUUGGCUCCAAUUUCUGUAAGAUCAAAUUUGGAGGAUCUACCCUUGUUUGUUAAAGGCCAAGAAUUGAACUAUUGGCAUGCUUUGAAGUUUAUGCACAGUGUUGACCUCUCAAGUAAUGACCUUUCAGGAUCAAUCCCUUCUGAAUUAUUCAGACUCAUUGCUUUGCAGUCUUUAAAUUUGUCAUAUAAUCAUUUGAUUGGAAAAAUAUCAAGUGACAUUGGACAUAUGAGGUUUUUGGAAUCUCUAGACCUUUCAAGAAACCUACUUUCAGGUGAAAUUCCACUAAGCAUGUCAAAUUUAUCAUUCAUGAGUUUCUUGAAUCUAUCUUACAAUGAUUUCAAUGGAAAAAUUCCACUGGGCACCCAGCUUCAGAGUUUUGAUGCAUCUAGUUACAUUGCUAUUUUGUUGUGGUUUCUAUAUGCAACCACUCUCAAUUUACGCAUGGGACAUAGUUUUUGCAAUGGAAAAGACCAACAUGAACUUUCAGUAUUUAAGCAAAGCAUUAAAGAUCCCUUGAAGAGACUCUCCUCUUGGUCCACUGAAGAAGAUUGCUGCAAAUGGAUCGGUGUUCAGUGUGACAACAUCACAGGUAGAGUCUCAAAGCUAGACCUCCAUUGUCCAUUUGGUGAUGUUCAAUGUUUAGAGGGUGAAAUAAGCUUUUCUGUCUUCAAACUUGAAUUCCUCACCUUCUUGGACUUGAGCUCUAAUGACUUUAAGGCUAUUAUUCAUUUUCCAAAUGAGUCUUCAAAUAUCUCCAAUCUUAUAUAUUUGGACUUAUCAAUGAAUUAUAACCUCCACAUGGAGAGUCUUAGAUGGGUUUCAAGUCUUUCAUCUUUGAAAUAUAUGAACCUUAGUGGUAUAUUUCUCAAAGAUGAAACUCUUUGGCUUCAACAUAUGACUAUGCUCCCUUUCCCUUCAAAUUUGAGCUCCUUAAUUUUGAGAAACAAUGGUCUAAAAGGACUAAUUCCUGAAUGGAUUGGUCAAUACAAAAAUUUAGAGGAACUUGAUCUUUCUAACAACUCAUUUUCUGGUCCCAUUCCUUCAACCUUUGGAAAUCUAUCAUCAUUGAGAUCUUUAAAUGUUAGCUUCAAUCACUUGAAUGGUAGUCUUCCAAGAGAUAUUGGGAAACUAUCAAAGUUGGAGGUUUUAUCCAUGGGGUUUAAUUCCUUUUCAGGCAUCCUUAGUGAACAAAGUUUCACAAAACUUUCAAACUUGAGGUCUUUGAGCCUUGACUCAUCUAAUUUUGUUUUUGAUUUGGGAUCCCAAUGGAAUCCCCCUUUCCAGCUUGAAAAGAUUAGUUUCAGCUAUUGCAAGCUAGGUCCUAAGUUUCCUUCAUGGAUUUAUUCACAAAGAUCUCUGUUUUAUCUAGACCUUUCAAGUUCAGGGCUUUCAUUCAAUGUUGAUGAGUAUUUCUGGAGCUUUGUAAAACAAAUAGACCAUCUCUUUUUGUCCAAUAAUUCAAUCCAUGGAGACAUAUCCACAGCAUUGAUUAACAACACACAAAUUGAUUUAAAAUGGAAUAACUUCAGUGGCAAGUUACCCCAUUUAUCUCCUAAAGUCGUCUUCUUUGACAUAUCCAACAACAGCUUCUCUGGACCUAUUUUUUCUUUCUUCUGUCAAAGCAUGAUAGUGGAACAACAACAACACUUGGCAGUUUUGGACUUGUCUCAAAAUCUUUUAUCUGGAGAAUUACCUGAUCAAUGUUGGAUGAAAUGGCAAUCUUUGCUCCAUGUGAAUUUGGGGAGCAAUAAUCUAACUGGUAAAAUUCCUGGCUCUAUUGGCUCAUUGAUCAACCUUCAAACCUUUAGAGUUAGAAACAAUAGUUUAUUUGGCAAUAUACCAACUUCACUUGAAAGUUGCAAAAGUUUGUGGUACCUUGAUUUAGGCUUCAACCAGUUCACAGGAAAUAUACCAAUUUGGUUUACAAACUUGAGUAUGGCACUCUUGCUACCAUCAAAUAAAUUCAGUGGCACUAUUCCAUUACACAUAUGUGAACUUACCAAUCUUCUAGUCCUUGACCUUUCAAAUAAUAGACUUUCAGGACCAAUACCAAAAUGCCUAUAUAAGAUUACAACAAUGGUUUCAAACAGUGUUGAUGAAGCCCUUUUCAUGUCUUACAUUCGUAAUUGGUUUUUGGCUCCAAUUUCUGCAAGGUCAAACUUGGAGGAUCUACCCUUGUUUGUUAAAGGCCAAGAAUUGAACUAUUGGCAUGCUUUGAAGUUUAUGCACAGUGUUGACCUCUCAAGUAAUGACCUCUCAGGAUCAAUCCCUUCAGAAUUAUUCAGACUCAUUACUUUGCAGUCUUUAAAUUUGUCACAUAAUCAUUUGAUUGGAAAAAUACCAAGUGACAUUGGACAUGUGAGGUGUUUGGAAUCACUAGACCUUUCAAGAAACCUACUUUCAGGUGAAAUUCCACAAAGCAUGUCAAAUUUAUCAUUCAUGAGUUUCUUGAAUCUAUCUUACAAUCAUUUCAGUGGAAAAAUUCCUACGGGCACCCAGCUUCAGAGUUUUAAUGCAUCUAGUUACAUUGGCAAUUCACAACUUUGUGGGGCUCCUCUUCCAAAAAACUGCUUAAAAUCCACGGAAGAAAAAGAAGAAGAAGAAAGUGGUGAUUUUAGGUCAUCGUUUGAACUAGGCAUGGGAGUUGGAUUUGCUUCUGCAUUUUGGGGUGUCUGUGGUGUCAUUUUCUUCAUCAGAAAAUGGAGACAUGCUUAUUUUCAAACCCUUCAUAACCUUUAUGCCUUAUUGUUGAAAAGAUGA